AUGGGGGACGAUCCGGCACGGUUAUAUCGGUUGGACGGAGUCGCUCAUAUAGCCGGGGUCAUCGACGAGGAGCCCCAGCGAUGCAUUAGGAGCAUGCGGCGGCAGCAGGGCAUGCGACUUGAUGACAGAUACGUUCCGUACUUGCAGAUGGCAGGUCUAUACCAUCUUGCAAGGCUGAACGACCGAUGGUUCCGGCUAGACGAGGCUCUUGUCAGUGCUUUCGUAGAGCGAUGGCGUCCAGAGACGCACACGUUCCACAUGCCGUUCGGAGAGUGCACCAUCACACUCCAGGACGUGGCAUACCAGCUGGGUUUGCCAGUGGACGGCCGUUACGUGAGCGGGUGCUUGUCCGAGUUCCAUAUAUACAUCGAGGGUGGCCAUCCAGCCUGGGUCUGGUUCCAGGAGUUGCUCGGAGUUAUACCUCCUCCCAGCCAGGUUCAGAAGUACGCAGUAAACUGCAGCUGGUUUCAGGAGACCUUCGGGUAG